CAGAAUGCCAAUUUCUCUCAUCGCUUUUCAACCGGGUAUCGAUGUAUCCUACACGUUCACUACAUCUUGCUCUCCUUCCUGACAUGUGGCGGACACGUUAAAUUGGCUGGCAGGAGUGUUUACGCUGUGCGGCUGAGGUGGGCUGAUUUAUGAGCGAGCCUGGAUGACCGUGAUGGAGGAGGCCGCCACUCUGCUAGAGAGGGAGCAUGUACACAGCGUCUACGAGAGAAUUGCUCCUCAUUUCAAUGACAGCCGCUACAAGGCCUGGCCCAAGGUGCGACAGUUCCUACUGGAGCAGGAACCUGGCAGUAUUAUUGCUGACGUAGGCUGCGGCAAUGGCAAGUACCUGCACAUCAAUGGCAGCGUGUUCAAGCUUGGCUGUGACGUGUGUCGCCCCCUGGUGGAUGCCGCCUGGAGCCAGGGCCACGAGGUGCAGUUGUGCGAUGGCCUCAGGCUGCCUUACAGGGACAGCUGCUUCGAUGCCGUCCUUUCUAUCGCAGUCAUCCAUCACCUUUCCACCAAAGAGCGUCGUAUUCGAGCAAUAAAGGAGAUGGCAAGGAUCCUGUGCGUGGGGGGGCGCAUCAUGAUCUACGUGUGGGCCAUGGAGCAGACACGGCGAAAGUUUGAGAAGCAGGAUAUUUUUGUGCCCUGGAACCCAAAACCAUCAUCCCCCACUCUUGGUAAGGAGUGUCCACCACCCCGGAGGAGGGGGACAGCACAGAGCGUCAGUGAAUGCAUUUACAGUGGCAACACCGAGAAGCACAGGAAGGUAAAAAGCACAUCAUCCAUGCUGGAAGAAGAAGAGAUGGUCUGCAGUCCACAGCAGACGCAGAGGCUGUGGUUCUUCUCACGCUCCCUGGAUUCAGUCUUUGACUUUGGCAGCCUGACCAUCUCCAGGUCCACCUCCAGGGAACUUAUUGGCACCUUCUCCCCGCUUGGGCAGGUGGAGGGUGUAAAGGUUGGCCGCAGAGGCAGGGGAGUGGAUUUCAUCAAGCAGGUAUCCAGCAUCUUUUCCGGCUUAUCCAGGAAUAGCUCGGAGGAGGACGUUUUUGCCUCCACCACAGACUUAGCCAGGGGUCAGAGAGAGGUUGGGGUGAGCAGCAUUGACAACCAUAACACCAGCUCUGAGGAGAAGACCAGUGUUUGUACCUCGUUUGUCCAGGACUGUGGUUCUGUAGCUUUGCCAGAUCUGAUUUCCUCCUACCAGAGGGAUCGCACAGAGGUAACAGAGAAAUCUGGGGUGAGGGACGAUGGCCUACCAGGAGACCUCCAAAAUAGAUAUAAAAGUAGUCUGAACCCCCGGGAGAGCAAGGGGGAGCCGGCAGCCGGCUCAUGUAUGCGCUAUUACCAUGUGUUCCGUGAGGGCGAGCUGGCCGAGCUGAUUGAAAGCCACGUUGAGGAGCUCCAAAUUGUUUACUCCUGCUUCGACCAUGCCAACUGGUGUGUGGUGGCGGAGAAGGUCCAGGUUUGGAAGAUAUGACUUGGUUUUUACACAUUAUUUAAUCAUGAUUUACUCAUCUUGCACCUCAAAUGUAAUUAUUUUAAAGAUGUGUUAAAGGUACUGUUCAAAUUUUUACCUUGUUGUUUUUAAGAUUUACUGUGUUUUGUCAAUUAAAAGUACCCUAAUAAGCAGCAUUCCUAGACCUAGGGGCUGUGAUUAUCUGGUUUUCUGCCCAAAAUAUUACUGCAUUUCCAAGACCUCCAUCCUUAUUUUAAAUGCUUCUAUAAAUGGACCAACGAUAAGAACAGUCAAUAACUAUAAGGAGUUGAGUCAUUUCAUAAUAAAUAAAAAUCUGCUUGUCUUCAAAUGCACAAAGGAUCCACACUUACACAAAAGGAACAAACCUUACAGUAAUCUUCUGUGAUGUACAUGUAGCUAUCGCUUUCUAGGGAUCACCUGGGUAUCACAGGUUUUAAGGGCCAAUGCUCUGUUAUGAUAAUGCUUAAGGCAAGUGCUAUAAUGCACUACAAAUUCAUUCCAACUGAUAUUAUACUCAGAUGUUGCAUUUCAAGUGUUACACAAUUUUGUACUUGAUGUCAAUGCUGUCUAGAUGUGAUUUGAUGUUAAUACUUUGCCCAGCUGAACUAAAGAAAUGUUUCAGGCAAAUUAACAGCCACUAAUCCUAGAUGAUACUGUGAAUCAUUGCACUGUACUGUACUUUGUUGAUGCUUGUUGAAUGUCAGUAGUUGGCACAUUCGUCUCUGAAAAACUUGAAACAUUACUGAUGUCUUCAAUCAGGGCAGAUGCAUAAGCCUUUCAGUGCAGUCUGGCUUACAUACCCACGACACUGUUGUUACUGGAAUAGAAAUGUCUCAAUUUACCUACAUUUUGUUUUUGUCAAAUCUUUCACGGGAGAUUUUUUUAUGGUAUGUUUAACAGUAGAUAGUUACCCAUUUUAAAUACAAUUUCUCUGUAUUUUUAUUUGUU